AUGAUUGAAAAGUUGACCAAGAACAGAUCCAGUCAACGUACAUUUAUAUACUCAGGAGUAGUAAUAUGGCUACUUGUCAUCAAUAUUUGGCUAUUUUACACCUAUCAUGCACGUAAUAAUGAACUGCGAUACUUGACAAAAUCCUCGAUUUACGACCAAUAUGAUCCGGCUAAUGUUCAGCUGCCACAACAACAGCAGUUGCUAGAGAAACCGUCAACAAAGACUUUCAAAGAUGACAUUACCAUCAAAUUAUUACAAAAACAGCAACUGAAGGAAAAGGACGUACGUAAAAUAGAUGCUCAUGCUACUAUAUAUGACAAGAUUUUUGCCAAUCAUGAAAUUGAUUCCAUUUUUGGAAAUUUAAAUUUUCAACAACGGUGUGAUUUAUUUUUCCAAAACCUAUUUAUUGAUGAUAAGAAUUGGAUUUUCAGAGUUAAUGAAAAAAUUGAAUUGGAAAACAAACAUGAAUUUAAAUUUAAUGACUGGAGGAAAAAUCAUUUAGAAAAUUACAAGAAAGAUUUUGCUGAAAAAAACAACAAGAAUAAAGAUGAAGUUGAAAAUACGGCUGAAUUUGAAACAUUUAUUAGAAAGGGGUAUGAAGAUUUUUGGAAUAGGACAAUGACUUAUGAACAAAAAAUUGUUGAUCAUGUGUCCAUAUUGAGAAUUUUUAAUAAGUGUUAUCUUACUAGUGAUAACACCACUCAAAUCAAGCGAACUGAGGAGUUUAUUAAUAAACAACAUAAACUUAUCCGUGGAAUCAAUGUUGCUUCCAAGAGUGGUAGGGGUAUACCGUCCUUUAGUUACACCAAACAAGAAAAUCUCAUCAAUUUCAAAUCAAUCAAGCAUAGUGCAUUUGAGCAUCGUGUUUAUCCUUGGUUAUCAUUUGAGUACCCUAUUUACGAACGGUUUACUGGUGAAGUGUUUUAUAAACCACCACAAAUGUCGAAAUUUGUCAAGGAUGAUUCACAAAAGACUUCUAAAUCAUACAAGGAUUCCGAACAAAUGGAUUUCUUUUUAAACAGAUUCAAGAAUAAAUGUAAUGGAAAGGGAAUUGUUUUAUCAAUUGGUGAUGAUCAUGUUGAUGAUACAGUACGAUUAAUCCACUUACUUCGUGCUUUAAACAACAAGCUACCUAUUCAAAUUGUGUAUUACGAUGAUAUACUGGAAGAAACUAAGAAAAAGAUUGUUACUGCUGGACGUGAGGUUAUUGUCACCUUACCUAAAUCAUUCGACAAAGUUGCUCAUAAUUUCCCGGAUGAUUACUUGAAAAAUGAAAAGGGUUUACCUGAACAAGAAAUUUGGUUUGUCAAUACCUAUAAUGUCAUUCAUAGUGAUUACAAGGAUAAAUUCAAGAAAUUCGCCAACAAGUUUCUUGCUACAUUUUUCAAUUCAUUUGAAGAGAUUAUGUUGAUUGAUGCUGAUACAGUAAUGAUGCAAACACCAGAAUAUUUCUUCAACUUACUAGGUUACAAGGAAUCAGGAACUUAUUUUUAUAAAGAUAGGACGACAUUUGAAACCAGACCAAUGUCAGAUGCUGUGUUUUUCAAGAAAAUAGGACCAUCAAUUGUCGAUUCAGUCAUGUUUGAUAUCCCCAUAAUGACCAAAUACACUCUCGAUACCGAUUUCUUUAAAGGAUUAUUCCAUUAUCAAGAAUCGGGGUUGGUAAUGCUUAAUCGAAAAAUUCAUUUCAAUGCAUUAUUAAUGAUGUUCCAAUUGAAUUUUUAUGAACCAGUGACUAAGCGAAGUCAUGGAGAUAAAGAAUUGUUUUGGUUAGCAAUGGCCAUUGCUGGUGAAGAAAACUAUGUAUUUGACGAAAAUUAUGCUGCUUCCAUUGGAGUCAAAACACCUCCAUCGGAUCGUCCAAAAUUAGACGGUCAUACGCCUCAUGAUUCAGUUGAAUUAUGUUCUCCACAUCCGGGGCAUGUGUCAAGUGAAGAUAAUGCUUUGGUGUGGAUCAAUUCAGGCUUUCUUUACUGUUCAAAAUCCCCCCAAUUGGAUUUCGAUAAAGAAGCUGAACAUAAAGCUCGAUUGAAAUGGUUGCAUACUGCUGAUGAAUUUAGAGCAUUCUAUACAAGUCCCUUGCGUAUCCAAUCGGCAAUUAUCCCACCUAUGGAUUUACAUAAUUGGGCCAUAAACACUGAUGAUGAGCCUAGUCGAGGUUGGUUUAUGGAUAGUCGAUAUUGUUCUGGAUAUAUGUGGUGCGCUUAUUCGUCAAUUGGUGGAAAAACUAAAACGGGAGAGAAUAAUAAACGUGUCGGUAGAAUUAUUGAUUUCAGUGUACGUGAACAGGAAAUGUUUGAGUAUUAUGGAGAUGUUUGGGUUGGUUUGGAGUAA